AAUUCUCUUUGGAUAAAAUAUGAAUAAUGGUGCCUGACAUGUUUUAUUUUGAAAUCUAUCGCCGGAAACUAAAUUCGUCACCGUGUCUGUCUUGACGGUGGCUUGAGUCACAUGGUGCCGCUGCCUCACCGAGAGCUGAUGGAGCCAGAUGAGGGAGGCAGGAGGAGGCGAGCCCCCUCCGGUUGCGCGUAAGCAUCCCCUCAAAUAGGAAUCCGCUGCUGACACUUUGUGCUCCGCGCUCUGAGAGACGAACCUCUGAGAACCUCGACAAUUACCGGCGGAUUUCGUUGCGCAUGCAGCGGUUAACCCCCCCUCCACCCUCAUGUGAUGUCCAAGAAGAAGAGCGAGGGGGGGCUGUGAGGAGGCUGUGAGGAGGCUGGAGCUGUCCAGAGAAUGAGAGUGAGGAUCGAGGCGCGCUGUCCCGGGAGAACUCAUCCGAAGAGCUGGCCGCGAGACACCGGGAUGCUGCUGUAACGCGCCGGGGGGGCCAGUUUUCCUGAGCAGUCGGUCUGUGUGGCAGAGUUUUUGCUCGAGUGGAAGUGAGUGAGUGAGUGAGUGAGUGAGUGAGUGGGUGUCAUGGAUGAAAGCGGAGCAAAUGCCGAUGACCCUCUCUACCAGAACUUGCUUCUCCUGGGAGCCAUUGCAGCAGCGUCUGCCUUUGUGGUCACCAUCCUUAUUGUCCUCGUUUGCGUUGGCUGCCAAAGAAAAAGCAAGAGCAAGCACCCCCCAGCCGGAGAGAAAGGGACAUCUGUAAAUAUGGGCACACUCCGGCAUCCGAAGCUGAACUCCAUGAGCAAAUCUGACACCAGGCUGCACGAGAUCAAUCGUUUUCCCUGCAAUGGAAACUCUGUUGGUAAGAGCCGUCCGGCCAGUAUGGACCUCCUGCUCCUCCACAGUCGGUGCUCCCAGACGGACCUGAGGCCCUCCCAUGGGCGACAGCUUCCCCAGAUCCCCACCAGUCCCCAGGGAUCUGCCCAGGGGGAGGGAGGGGAAACAGGAGGAGAAGGGGGAGGAGGAGGAGGAGGAGGAGGGGCAGGAGGAGGGGAGGCCAGAGACCACAUGUACACCGAGGUGGGCCUGCGCAACAACCCAACCCCGACCCACUGCCUGGACGACGGCCUGUACGAAAGUGUGGGCAUCCGGGAAGGGGACGCGGGCCCCAAGGUGCCCUCUGCCCCGCCACCCACAUCAGCCAACUCUCCAGCUAUCAUCAGAGCUGCCCAAAGCCCGCCUGCUCAUGCCAAUGGAGCCCGUAACGGAAACGGGCAAGGGAACGGUGGCAGAGGGAACGGCAGGGGAAACGGCACCAUUAAUGGUCCGAUGACCGGAAGAGGUAAUGGGGCGAGCGGGAUUAACAGGUCCCCUCUGUCUUCUGUUAACUCCCUUGCCAUUCAGGAUCCGACUGCAGCCGAGUACGCCUCCAUACGGAAGUUCAGAAAGGUUGACAAGACAAACAGGAAGGAAAAUAACGGGGCCGACAGCCAGUCAGACAGCCAGUCGAGUGUGAGUGAUUCACCCUCCGCUGCUCCUCCUCCGCUGCAUCGCAGUCAGGAGUUUCCACGCAAGCCGCUGGAGCCGUUCCACCUGCACUCCUUCCCAAAGGAGGCGGUGUUCAUGGGCAACGGGGAGCAGUACAUCUGGAAGCCUCCAGAAGAUGAAGACAUCAUCACCUUGCACGCCCCUCCACCCCGUGGAGAGAGCGGACAGGGGCACCCGUCUCCCCCAACUGCAAAGGAGAUUGCAGACACUUACUCCAUCGUGUGUAAAUCCCAGAAGAAGAAACCCCCCAUGGAAAACAACGGAGCAAAGACCCUCCCACGCUCCUUUGGUGGAGAGAGGGGAAACGCGGGUUCCCGGGGCCGAGGCAGAGGAGUCCAGAGCCAGGCUCGUUCCCAGGAGGAGCCCUGCUUUGAGUCAGGAGGUGACAGGUCUUGGUCCACAUGCGUGAUGGCCGAGUCUGACCCUGCAUACGCUACCAUCGACACCCACCGGAAACGUGAGCAGGGGGGAACCAAUAACAGCAUAGCUGGGGGUAGUGCCACGCUGAAGAGAAAGAAGCAGGCGCCGCCGCAGCAGCAACAGCAGCAGCAACAACUGCCACAGCCACAGCCACAGCCACAGCCACAGCCACAGCAAGCAGCACCAGCGGCACCUCAGGGCUCAGGACCCCCCGCCCCGCCUGUAAGAGGCCUGCCUGGUGGGGAAAACUUCUAUGAGACCAUCAGCGAUGUGAAACAAGGGGCCAACAGCGCCAGCACCACCACCAUCUUCACCUUCAAUGACGGGAUGGAGAUGUACGUCACCGGCCUGUAGCUGGCUGGUCAGAAUGGCACGUCCCAGUUCACUGGCCAGCAAGUGGCUGUACAUAGAUACAAGGCCUUCUGUAGACAAACAACAUGAGGAUCCAUUUUUGUGUUGACAUCAGGUACAAACAGGGUCUUAAUCCAGGUUCAGACUUCCCUUGAUUGGUCUGCACUUCAGAACCAGCCUAAGCCUAGUCCAGCCCAAAUAUGGACCAAAUACAUCUCAACAAAGAAAAAAAAAGAAAAGAAAACUGAAAUAUACUGUACAUCUUCAACCUCCAGUGUCACUGACCAUAUUCACCCGUCAUCAUUUUCCAUAAUAUCUUUAUUUUUAUAUGAACACUGUACUCUUUAAGGAGUAUGUGGAGUAACUCACAACCCAAGGGAAGAAAACACACUUAAAUAUAUAUAUAUAUAACAAAAGAAAUGUGCAUGCAUUGUGCAAACUCAAACGCACCUGAAAAUAGACAGUAGUAGCAAGGAACCUGGUUGUAUUAGGAGUAUAAGGAGUACAAUGUUAGCUAUUGUCACCCAUAUAUGCGCGCACACACACACACCCACGCGCCUCAUCUUGGAGGGACUUAUUUAAUAUACUGUAAGCAGAUGGAUGUUACAGAGAUUUGCAGUGCUUAGCUCUCACUAAGCAAACAUCUGAAACAGGUUCUCUGUGCACACUGGCCUAUUGCCUGGCAGACUGCGUUGUGGUGCUUUGUUUAAAUUUUCAGUCCUCCUUAAGCACAGAAGCAAGCCAAGGCUAUUAUCCCUGUUUCAAAAAUUACCAUCAAUGUGCCCAAUAGGUAUUAGCAUUAAACAACAGCCUUCAUGAUAACUAUAAAAAAAAAAGUUUCUCUUUUCUCUAAUUUUCACAUAAAUUAUGCGAUUAAUUAACAAUUCACUCUCAGAUUUGAUAAACAUCUGUAGCCAGAAGCAUGAUGACACGCCCCAACACACCCCCACGAAGAUACACUCAUACUUGGCAGAGUCAUGCGGAGUUCAGUGAUCAGGUCAGGGGCAUCGAAUGGGUUGUACACAAAUCUCCCAAGAGUGAUAAGGGUAACAGAUUUCACAAUGUGAGAUGUUUACUGUAUUACUGGGAUGAAAUGAGAAUAUGAGGGACAAAAAAAAGAGGAAGCGAAAGAGUGUCCAAAAUAACACGGGGCGGUUCAUCCCGUGCAGUUAAUAUGUCAAGUCUUCUGGGCUGUGCAAGCAUCUGAUUUUAUGACGAUUUCAAUUUUGCAGCUGCAGGAUUGGUUUGCUUAAUUGUGCAUUAGUGUGCUUUUUAACGGGUCUUUCCAAAAGACAGUGGUGAUUAGCUUCCCUGGGUUCAAGACAAAACCAGAGUGCCCCACAUCUCACCAGACUUGAGUCUGACGGUUGAAAUAGCAACAGAAGACUUUGGGCUCCAAGAAAAAUAAAGAGCUGGGCACAAAAAUGACCAGCGAGUGUCCUUUGGCAGGUUGCCCCUCGCCCUCUCCCCACCCUCGUCGCCAGCCACUGCACUGAGUUUUCUUCCAUUGUAAACAAUGUCUUUCCCAUAUAGCUUUGGGGAACAUUGCAACAGAGAGAACAGAGGAAGAAAACAAAACAUCAGAGCCUUAAUAAAUGGGCAUAAAGAUAAGAGGCGAAGAGGGAUACAAACUGCUCACAUUAUACUGAGCUUGCUGAGACAACCAUGAGAAAACAAAGAGAAAACGGGUUUAAAAAUGUUCUAACAUAUGUUCUUAAAUGCUACGGUAUUAGAAAGUAUGUACAAAUAAUUGCACUCUGUAUUUUAUGCACUGUUUUAUUUUUUCUUACCUACUGACAAUACCAUUGGUUAAAUAGCUCAUGCCAUUGCCAUAAAAACAGUAUGUUUAUGUUGUCGGUGCAAUUUUUUUCUGCUUGAUCAAAAAAGUGCAUGCUUUGAUAUAUGGAGAUGAAAACAAAUAUUGUGGUACUUAAUUGAUCUCUUGUUCGUUUUGAUCUUUUCUGUUGUACUUUUUUGCCAUGUGAUGCAAAGCAGCGUUCAGUUUUGUUUUUAUUCCAAAGCAACAACUCGGAUGAGGAGGAGAGAAGAGAAAUAGGAAUGAUAGGGAGAAACCACUGAGAGUUUAGGGCCGAGCGUUGUUUAUCCUCCCCUCUAGGGGUAGCGAGACAGAGGGAUGGAGUUGGGGGAGGGAGAUGAAGAAGAGCUGGUGUAGAGCUGGAUGAGGAUGACUGCAAAUGGACGUGGAUCUAAGGGACGCUCCUCUUCCCGAUAUGUUUGUGUGCAUGCACACGCACACGAGCAGGCACAGACACACACACACACACACACACACACUGCAACAUUGAGCCAUGUGCGUUUUGCAGUUUUUGGGAGCAGGCGCAUUUUGCUUCCACUUGUUCCCCCUUGCAUACACUCCCUCCCCCAGCUGUGUUCAUCCUCCAGUAACCAACACAGACCUCUCUCUUUUCUCUGCUUCACCUCGCUCCCUUGCUGUGCAGGGGAGGGGCCUUUGAUGUCCAGUUCUGAGAGACUCUGGGAGUGAUAUGGCAUGGGGGCUUGGGGGGGGGGGGCAGAGGCUGUAGGUCAGGCCAACCCCAGUCUGAUAUCAAUGAUGCACCAAUGGCUCAAACUACUGUCUGACAUGAGAAAUGGCGAACAGCUGAGACGCUUAACAAGCUCUGCUGGGGCUACCUUUAGACAAUGCUGGCUGGAAAUCACUAUCACACUUAAUCCUUCUCCUCCAGCUGUCACUUUAUGUGUCACAGUUUCUUUAUCCUAAGAGAAAGCACUGAUCUGAUAUAUUUUUUGUUGAACACUGUUCCACACUGAUCGAGGCAGAUGUUCAUUGCACAAACAAAAUACAGUAUGAUGAUGUAAAUGUGUAAAAUACUCUGUUGCUGUUCUGAUGUUGUUCCAAUGUAACAUACAGUAUACAGUAUACUUGUUGAAAAAAAAAGAUGGUUAUCACAGACACAUUGUACUUUGUGGAUGCAAAAUGUUCCAUGCUCUCCAUGCAGAUACAGAUGCUGUUGUUAAUUGUCUUCAGAUAUAAUUAUGGGCCAAUACUGCUGUGACAGCUGUAGCCAAUGUUGUAUGUUCUUUAAGCACAGGGUUUAGUCUAAAAAAUAGUUAAUAUAAUAAAAAAAUAUAGUGACAGUGCAGAUAUGCAAAAGAUUGUAAUGUUUUAUAUUAACCUUCAUAAAAUAUUAAAGUGAGUUUUUACUUUUCUAAUAAAGUGGCACAUUAUAAAGCGUC